AAAUAUAUUAGCUUGAACGUGUGUAUAUGUAUGUUUACAAUUAGUGAAGAUUCAGGAUGGUAAACAGAAGAGUAAUUGUGUCUGGCAGUAGAUGUUGGAUCUUGCAAGAGAUGACGCUGCAAUAUGUUAGAAAAGGAGAUGUGUUCAAGGGAGACAGAACGACAAUCUGCUCGGAAAGUGUGCGAGUCAACUGAGUGCCGUUGUAAAAUUCAAAUUCCACGGGCCAUUCUUACCGAGGAGAAAGAGAUGGGGGUUCAAAACGACAUCACCUGUACACGUCCGAGUGCAGGAAAUCCGCUACUCCGCCGACCUGGUGUUCCCAGAACGUGCGUCGACUUCUUCUUUGAGUCUAAUUCUCGGUCUACAUCAUGUGGAUCCACUUUCUGUAUCGCACAGACCGACCUAGUUAUACGUUUUAUACAUUAUAUACAUUAUAUACAUUCUAUAUGUUUCAAUGAUAAACAUAUAUACUCCGAAGCAGCGCGUGACUAGAUUGUUUGCCGAAUGGAUUUCCGCCUAUUGACGAGCAGUACAUUUUUCAACUGCUAUCUUCUGUCUGAUAUUUUUUCUUCGAAAUGUCAACAGGACGUGGAAUUUUGCAAAAAAGCAGAUCAACUAUGUGAGUUUAUUAGCUCAUAAAAAAUGUCUUUGUUUUUGU